AUGGGAUUUGAUCGAAUUUCAUCGAUGGGUCAGCGUUACGCCAAACAUCAGAUGCAAUCGGGUGUUCGUCUGUACCACCAGCGCCACUACCAGCAGGCCAUUUUCCGAUGGAAACGCGCGUUGAACAAAUUGCGGUGAGAUUUUAGAGGAAUUUUUUAAUUAAAAUUUUAAAAUUUGAAUCUCCUUUUGCCGGAUUCGGUAUGUACGUUCCAAGUCUUCAAUUUUAAAAUUACACGGUUUGUUUAAAAUGGCAUGCACUAUUUUUCUACAAGGAAUUCAUUUUUUUCUCGCGAAAAUGGCAACGACAUGGCCAAAAAACUCUUGUUCUCUGAACGUCUCUUCAUUUUCCACAUUCUCUCGCCAAAAACGUUUGUUCAAUAUCUCGGCUCUCCUUGCAAUCUUUGAGCUAAAAUUUUCCAUAAUUAAAAUACGUACCGAAGCAACUGUUCGUGCAGAAUUUGAGGGAGAUCUAUCGACAAUUUUGGCUGUAAAAUGACAUUCUGUUUCAAGCACCUCAAUAUUAUUUUUCUUACCGAAAAGUUACUAUAAACAUUUUCAGGAGUGUGGAUGACAAAUUCGUGACCUUAGGCUACAUGGCCCAGGCGUUCUGUGAUGCGGGUGACUACGAGAGUAUGUUAUAUUACUCUCUACAACAAAUGGAACUGGCCAAUAGUCGGAAGGAUGAUUUUAUGAAGUCCGAGGCGUUCCUCAAUCUCUCCAAAGCUUAUGAAAGACUGGCGGACUUCAGUAAAGCGAUAGCCUAUGGUAGGGCGAGUCUGGUCCAUCCGAGUAUCGAUCCGAGGACCCCGGGAUACGCUAAUUUAGGUAAAAAAUGGACUUACAUUAUUCUAGACCACCGUGAUUGAUGUGAUUUUGAUAUUUUUAAUUUUUAUAAGAAUUCAAGUCGCGUUUUAGCCGUCGCACUGGCUCAAAUGGGUCUGAGCCAAUUCCAGUCCAGUCUGGAGGCGUUUGAAAAAGCGAUGACAGUGGCUAGCCAAACCUCCGACAGAUUGUUGGAACUCCAAGUUUGUGUGGGACUUGGGGCACUUUUCACGUUACUCAGGUAAAAAAGCACCCCUUUACCCCGAUAUUGCUAUUUUAUCUCCCUCCAAAUUACUCUAUCCAUCUUCAGGGACCUCUCCAAAGCCCUGGUUUUUCUCCGCAAUGCCCUCUCCCUCCUCCAAUUGAUCUCUGUGGAUAAUGUCCAUGCCAAAUACAAAAGUGUGAUCCUCUAUCAUCUCUCGGUGGUGCUGAGGAUUAAAGGGUCGUUAAUGGAUGCCAAAGAGGCUUGUGAAGAGUCGUUGAGAUUGGCAGAACAAACAGGAGGGAGAUCUGUUUAUGCAAGGGCGCUAUGCAGUUUGGCUGACAUCAAUCGGGAAUUGGGAGAAUCCGAGGCAAAGGAGACCAUCACGGUAAGAAGGCUUGGGGAAUUUUAGGUGGAUGUAUAAUUUAGAUGCAAUUUUCAUUAAUUUUUAGCUUGAAAAUUGGGGGAAUUGGACUAUUUUCUCUUAAUUCUGCAUAACGCAAUUUUAAAAUUUCUAAAAAAUUUUUAUUUUUUUUUUCUUUCUCAAUUGAUGUCAAGUUCAAAAUAUCCAAAUUAAAAUUCAUUUUUUUCGAUUUUCAGAAAAGUUGGGCGCGUUACGAACAAGCGUUCCGGAUAAUGCGACAAAUGAACGACCGAAUGGGAGAAGUCCUAAUCCUCGGCAGUAUGGCCAAGAGCGCUUCAGAGUCCAGGAGUCAUUAUACGGGUCAAUGUGAAUGUCAGGCCAUCCAACUCAACCACAAAUGCCUCGAAUUGGCCAAGCUGAUUGGAUGCAAAGUGAGUUUACUUUAUGAGGAAAUUAGACAGAUUUACUUCAAUUUUUUCAUGAAUUCCGUAUGCCUAUGCCCUGUUCUAAAUACUAAUUUUUUUUUGUUUUAGAUUUUCUGGGACAGCCGAGAUAUUUAGCUAUAAUUUUGGCGAGAGACUAUGAAAAAUGAAGAGACGGGCAGAGAAAACCCGUUUUUUUGGCCGUAGCGCUGCGAACCGCUGUAAAAAUUUAUUUUUUAUAAAAUAUUUAAAAUCUGCAUUCUCGGCAUGUUACAAAUUUCCAAAAUUGGAAUCGCAUAAAAAAUUCUGCAUUUAUUUACAGCAAAAUUUUUCUUUCAGUUUGCAAAAAAUUAAUUUUUAAUUUUUUAGCACGCAAUGAUGAAAUGUCAUCAACGCCUCCAGGACCUCUACAACCAAUUGUCGGACGAGGACAGCGAGGAAGUUGCGAAGAAGACGGCGACAGUUUUGAUUCAAGAAAUGGAAUUGUUUUGCAAUUUCUGUGGCCAAAGAUACGGGGCGAACGAUGAGUCGCUGCAGGCGCUGCGAUGUUCACACAUUUUUCAUGAACGGUAAGAAGGGCCGUCAUGUUAUUUUAAGGCACUCAUUCGUGUCUGAUAAAAAUGAAAAUAUUUUUUUUCUAUCUGAUGCCUAGAGUAAGAUAAUUGUUGUCAUUUCCAGGUGUCUCAGUCAAUUCCUUGCGUCAGAUCAAGCUCACACCUGCCCUAAAUGCCAAUGCCGAGCAGUUCUGAUGGAUAAUAUGUCUCUCAAAACGUCUUCUGAUUCUGAAAAAGCCGAGGAAACACAGCAGGACCCGGAAAAGCCGUCAACUUCGGUCCAAAACCAAACAAAAUCCCCGAAAAGAAUCUCGAUCCAGCUCGCAAAUUCAUCGGAGGACCAGGCCAGACCGGUUAUUUUGGUCCAACCGCCUUCUCGAGAUGAAAGCGACACCAAAUCGGUGCAUGAAAACUCAAUCUACAAGCCUGUAAAUCACUGUGGAAAGCCCAAUUGUCAUACGAAUUCAUUUCCCAUCGUCUCCGAAGAGGUUUUCCACACCUUCAGUCAGGUGGAUUUUGAGAGUAUUGAAGCGAUGGUCAAUUACAAAGGGCCCGGAGUGACGGAUGUGUAG